GUGGAGUUUCUUCCGCGAUCAGGAGCCGAGAGGAGAAGUGCGCACUUCACACACUCACAGUUACACAUCGAGCGGACACACACACACACACACACACACUCACACCGAGCGGUCACGCUCACACACACUCAGACUUUCUGAUUUUGGAUUUUAUUUCGUUCGAGUUUUGGUUUCAGUGAAUAAAGAAACCAGCGCGCGUUCACGAUGAGCGCGCACGGCACUCCCUCCUCGCGCUUUCCUCCCGUGUCGCGCGGAUCGACCAUGCGCGUCACCGACCAGGUGUUCCUGACCGGAAACGGCUACCAGCAGGACCUGAGUGAGAACAUCAUUCAGCAGCGCUACGGUGGUACCACUUACACCAUGAAGGGUCAGGGAAGCAUGGUGCCCUUUCAGAAGAAAGCCCAGAUAAUAUAUAAUCACUGCAUGAACAACCUUGAAAUGGCCCAAAAUCUGAUGGAACAAGGAGGAACUUGGGGUGAAUUUGAUAAUGCGAUGGCAAUGGCUAAUGAAGAUAUCAAGCAGCUUCAUCAGCUUGUAGUGGAAGCGAAGAGCUACGGCCAGAACCCUGACUACAUCAUCAGAAGUCUGGAGGACUGCAGUGCAUUGUUCUCUGACCUCACAGCCAGUGCAGCAGGACGAAUGACGAUGCGCCAAACUCGCACCAGCACAAGCAGAGAGGAAUACAGCAGCAGGAGCUUCCUCGAUGCCCUGGCCUGGAUCAACCAACAGAAACGUCUGAUUGAGACAGCACAGUUUUCUGAUGACAAUGCAGCCAUUGAGCAGCAGAUCACGAACCACGCCAGGUUCCACAGCUCCAUCCAGAGGAGUAUAGAAGUGCAGAGAGCCAAGGAUGAACUGAUGCAGUUAGGAGACAAGGCAAGUAUUCAUGCUCUGGACCAGGAGUGGGACAUGUUACAGAAAAUGUCUCGUGACCGCACGAAUCAGCUGCGUGAUAUGCAGAACAUCCUCUCCGACAUCUCUCAAGCCAUCAUGUGGGUGAACGACAGAGAGGAGGAGGAGCUCAUGUUCGACUGGGGUGACAAAAACAUCGACGUCUACAUCCCCAAGAAACAGGAAAGCUACUCGCGGCUGAUGAGUGAUCUGGAGGUGAAAGAGAAGGAGCUGAACAAGUUGAAAUCCAGAGUGGAUCAGCUGCUGAAGAGCAAUCACCCAGCAUCAGAUAAAAUCGAGGCAUACAUGGACACACUGCAGACUCAGUGGAGCUGGCUGCUCCAGAUCACCAAGUGCAUCGACAUCCACCUGAAAGAAAACGCCGCCUACAGCCAGUUCUUUAAGGAGGCGAAUGAGACAUACACCAAACUCCAAAAAGAUAACGAGAACAUCCGCAAGAAAUUCACUUGCAAUAAAACUACACCUCUGGAGAGUCUGACUGAACUGCUGAAAAACCUGGAGAAGGAGAAGGAGAGGCUGGUGGAGAAUAAGCGACAGGUACAGACGCUGGUGAACAAGUCGAAGAACAUCGUGCGUCUGAAACCUCGAAACCCAGAGUUCAAGAGCAACAGCCCAGUGAUAGUAAAGGCACUGUGUGACUUUAAACAGGACCAAAGGGGUAUUCUAAAAGGGAACGAAGCGAUACUAAGGGAUAACUCUCAGCGCAGUAAAUGGAACGUGGCUGGUCCUGGAGGAUUGGAAAUGCUCAUCCCCUCUGUGUGUGUCCUCAUCCCACCACCAAACCCACACUGCCUUGAUCUGGCCAGCAAGAACGAGAAGUACUAUGAAGCCAUCAUGAGUAUCUGGAAUCAGCUGUACAUCAACAUCAAGAGUCUGAUUUCCUGGCAGUACUGUCUGAAAGACAUCAAUCAGAUCAACUCACUCACCAUCAGUGUGUUGUCUAAGAUGAAGCCUGAGGAGUACCGGAACAUCAUUAAGAAUCUGGAGUAUCACUACGAGGAGUUUCGCCGUCUCAGUCAUCAGUCCAACUUGUUCGAAGAAGCGGACAAGAAGAAGAUGGAGGCAGAGUACACCGGCGCACAGACGCACUACGACAAAAUCAUCACCCAAAUACAGCCUGCUAACAUCAGUAAGAACACACACACACACACACACACACACAGAGACACUCAUGUUCUGUGUAGGUCACUGUAUAUUUGUGUGUGUGUUGUGUGUACAGCUGUGUUGCAACAGACUCCAGUUAAAGUGGAGCUGGUGAAAGGCACCACAGUGGUGGACGCGGGCACGAAGACCCAAACAUCCAAACACACACACACACACAACCUGCUGACACUCACACACACUCUGCGGCGCAGACUGGAGGCGGCCGAGAGCGGACUGAGCCAACACCUCCACGUCCCACUGAAAGACAACAGUGUGCACGAGUGUACACAGAGACUGCAGCUGCUGCAGGGUGUUCACCAUGACCUGGGCUCGAUCCGUGAUGAGUAUCUGCGUCUGAGAGAGUUGGUGAUGAAGCAGGAAGCGACCGCUGACCCAGAGCAGGCAAAAUUCCUGAGAGCUGAACUCGAUCUCAUCAACCAGAAACUGAGCAGCUUGCACAGCUUCUCCAACUCUUACCUACAGAGGCUCACUGCUCUGAGAGCCCUCCUGCAGAACCUCGUACGUGCUGAAGACAUUAUUAAAGUUCAUGAAGCUCGACUGACGGAGAAAGAGACUAGCUCUCUGGACCUGGGUGAACUGCAGGACUACCGUAAAACCCUCAAGAACAUGAAGGUAGAUCUGGAGCAGAGAAAGGAGGUUCUAAGUGCGAUGGAGUCGGACCUGGAUCAGGCUGUUCAGUGGAAUGGACAAAUCGAUCAAAACUUCCACCAGUGUGACGUGGACUUGGUCAAGUUCACAGAGGUAGUGCAGCAAAUGAACGAACGCUGGCACCGCAUCAUCACCCAGAUCAACACCAGGCUGGGUGAUCUGGAGAAACAGGAGAAGCAGCUCAAUCAGUAUAAACAGACCAGCUCAAACAUCAACCAGUGGAUCAACCAAACAAGUCAUCGCCUGGGCACACUGCAGAGCUACAAACUGAGCACAGUGCAGGACCUGAACGACCAUCUGAACCAACACAAGACGCUGCACUCCGAGAUUAAGGGGAAAAAGGACAAAGUGGAUGAAGUGCAGAAGGAUGCCAGCACCUGUGCUGCCUCCAUAAAGGAUUAUGAGCUGGAGUUGGUGUCAUACAGCGCUGGGUUGGAGACGCUGCUCAACAUUCCCAUCAAGAGAACCAUGCUGCAGUCUCCAGCGACUGUACUGCACCAGGAGGCCGCAGAUAUUCAGUCUCGGUAUAUUGAGCUGCUGACUCGCUCGAGUGAUUACUACAAGUUCCUCACUGAGAUGCAGAAGAACAUGGAGGAGCUAAAGAUACAAAACACUAAAAUUGACCUUUUGGAGGAAGAACUAAGGCGUCUGAGGGACGAACUGCAGGAUCGCUCACAGAAGAACAGGUCCCUGGAGGACAUCUUGGCCCGUUACAAACUAGAACUCUCUCAAACUAAGGAACAGAUAAUUUCGAUGGAGGAGGUGAAGAGCACUGAGGUCAUGAGGUACAAUGCAGCUAAAGAGAACCUGGACACCACCCAAAAUCAGCUAAAAGACCUAAAUGAACAGGUGGCGCGGCUUACACUGCUUAUUGAUGAGGAGAAACGUAAGCGAAGGCUGGCUGAGGAGCGUUAUACCAGCCAACAACAGGAGUACAAUGCCACCAUCCGCAAGAGACAGAUAGAGCUGGAUGAACUUAACUGGUCCAAGAUCGACUUUGAGAAGGCCAUCAAGGACAAGGAGCGGGAGAUUGAACGUCUGAAGAUGCAGUUGGAGGACGAGGCCUCUCGGCGCCGAGCAGCGGAAUCUGAAACCUCUAAGGUAAGAAACCAGUUCAACCAGGAGAUCAGUACUCUAAAACAAACGUACGAGUCCGAGAUCCACAUCACCAAAACCAGCGUGCUAAAGGCCACACAGCAAAAGGAGGAGGACACUGCUACCCUGAAGCUGCAGCUGGAGAGGCUCAUGGAUGAGAAACAGGAUCUUGAAGAGGAGCUCAGGAGGCUUCAGUUGUCCAUCAGCCAAAUGGAAGAAGCCAGAAAGAGGGCUGAGCACGAAGCACACCAAGAAAGAUCCUCAGGAACAGAGGAGACCAGAAGACGAAAGGAACUAGAGAUACACGUUCAAACCAUCACACGACAGAGGACUGAACUUGAGGCCAGGUACAAGGAAGAACUCGCUCAGGCCAACAACAGAACACAAGAAAAGGUCCGUCAGAUUUCGCUCCUUACUCAGAACCUGGAUGACGAGACCCGGAAGAGAAGAGCUCUGGAACAAGAGAACCAAAGACUUCGGCAGUCAGAGGCAGACUUGCUUGCCAAGCAGACUUCCUCCAUGGAAGUCAUCAACAAACUGAAAAUCACAGAGAAAGAGACAAACAUUAUCCGUGUCGAGCUGGAGAAGCAAGCAAGUGAAAAAGGAAAAGUGGAGCAGAGCGCUGCUAGGAUGCAGACUCGCAUUAAAGACUUGCAGGCCAUGAUAGACAAUCUCGAGGCUGAGCUGGAGAAAGAGAAAAAAGGCAGCCAGGAUGAACUUACAAGGAGAAAGAGGAUAGAAGCUGAGCUGGAAAGGGUGAAUCAGUUGUGCAGAGAGUACACAACUACCAUUAACACUCUUCGUGUCCAUAAGGAGGAGGAGAGUGCCACAGGCCGAAGGCAUGAACAGGACCUCCAUCGUGUCCAGGAGGAGCUGGACAGAUGUCGGAAGGAACACAUGGUAACUUCUGAGCAGCUUACCAGGCUCACAGCCGAGCUGAAGGCCUUGCAACAGCAGCUGAUUCAAGAGCAGGCUCGUGUCCGGGAGGUCAACCUACGCAACGAGACUCUGUACAAGACCAUAGAGGAGAAGAGCCGAGGGUUAAAUGAAAGCAUGUCUGAAAUUGAAAAGCUCAAGACUCUUACUCAAAACCUCACCAAGGAAAGGCUGAAGUUAGAGGAGGAGCUGAGGAGUGUACGCCAGGAACGGGAUGACUUACGGAGCAACAAAAACAGCAGCGAGAGUGAACAUAUGGCCCAACUGUCAGCCAUACAGCUCCAGCUUCAGAGCUCAAAUAAGAGAGGCCUAGAGCUCCAGGCCCACAUUAGUGAGCUGACAAAAGAGAGGGAAAAUGUAAAGGCGGAAAUAGCCAAAAUCCAAAAGCAAUAUACGGAGACAUCUCUGAUGGUGCACGAGUCUCAGACACACUACAAGGAGACCCUACAAGAGAGGGAUAGUCUCCUGGCCAAACUUAAGUUGCUGGAAAUGGACAAAGGAAAGCAGCAGCGCUCUGAGGAAGAGCUGAGUCGCAUCAAGAUGUCACUAGAAUCAGAAAUGCGUCAAAAGCAGCGCCUCCAAGAGGAAAUUGACAAAAUCCGCAAAGAUUUUAAUUACUGGAAAAGCCAGUAUGAGAUAAAGGAUGGUCAGGUUAGACAGUGUCAAGCAGACAAAGACAAGGCAGAGAGGGACAGGGCUUCACUGAGCAAUGAGAUCACAAAACUGACCGCUGAGCUUAGAAGUGUGGAGCAACAGUACCGGACUCGGCUCCAAAGCUCAGAGUUUGAAGUGUCUGAACUCACCCGCAAGCGAGAGGCUCUGGAAAGGGAGCUGAGGAAGUUGCAACAACGUCCAAGCUUCUUCACUAAGCAGACUCAGACAGAUGAGAAAGUUGCCACAAUUGACCCAUCAAAGCUUGUUUUUGAUGGCAUUCGCCGAAAGGUAACGGCUCACCAGCUUUGUGACUGUGGGAUCAUUGAUAAAGCAACCCUCGAUAAGCUGCUGAAGGGCCAGAUCACAGUGUCGGAUGUUUCAGUGGAAAUUCAGCCCAGUCUUAAGGGUACAGGGGUUAUCGCAGGUGUUCAGCAAGAUUUCAACAGCAGAAUGCCAAUCACAGAAGCUAAAAGUAAGAACCUGCUGAGUCCACAGAGUGCCAUAAUGUUGCUGGAAGCUCAAGCCGCCACUGGCCACGUGAUUGAUCCAAAGUAUAAUGAGAAGAUGCCAGUAGAUACAGCCUGCUCAAGAGGUAUUGUUGACACAGAGGACAGGGAUAUCCUCGUUACAGCUGAGGCAGCUUGCACAGGGUUCAAGGAUCCAUUCACAGGAAAACUUUUGUCCGUUGGACAGGCAUGCAAGAAAGGACGACUUGACAAAGAGAAGGCCAUUCGACUGCUCCAGGCUCAAGAAGCAGUGGGAGGGAUAAUUGACCCUGUGCUAAGCGUGUUUCUACCCAGAGACACUGCCUUAGACCGUGGCUUGAUUGAUGAAGAGCUUUAUCGUGCGCUGAACAAAAAGCCCGCUUGUUAUAUCAAUCCAGCAACUGCAGAGAAGAUCAGCUACAGUGACUUGAGGAAGAAGUGUGUCACAGAACCUACAACUGGCCUUCUUCUGCUCCCUGUAAACAGUAACUCAGAGUUUGUCCAGGGAAUCCGUGGUCAGGUCUCACUCACUGAGCUUGUAAAUUCCAACCUAAUUAAUGAGGGAGAUUUGGACAAAGUGAAACGAGGCCUGCUCACAACUAAAGAUAUUGAAAAUAGGCUGAAGAUGUACCUAUCUGGCUCUGGCUGCAUUGCUGGCAUUUAUGAUGAGGCUCAGGAUAGAGUCCUGCCCUUCUACCAGGCCAUGAAAGAAAAUCUUCUCCGUCCAGGAACAACAUUAGAGCUUCUGGAAGCGCAGGCUGCAUCAGGAUUCAUGAUUGAUCCGGUCAACAAUGUCUACCUGACAGUGGAGGAUGCAUGGAAGAGAGGCCUAGUAGGUAAAGAAUUUAAAGAUAAACUGCUGUCUGCUGAGAAGGCCGUGACUGGAUACCGUGAUCCCAGUACAGGGCAGCUUAUCUCACUCUUUCAAGCUAUUGAGAAAGAGAUUAUUGAAAAGGGGCAUGGCAUUAGGCUUCUGGAGGCUCAGAUAGCCAGCGGCGGCAUCAUUGAUCCUAAAGAGAGCCAUCGCAUUGAUGUGGAAGUGGCUUACCGAAGAGGUUACUUUGACCGUGAGAUGAACGAAAUUCUAACAUAUGAAGGUGAUGACACAAAGGGCUUCUUCGACCCAAACACUCAUGAAAAUCUGACCUAUCUGCAGCUGCAGAAGAGAUGUAUUUCUGACCCCAAGACUGGCCUGCUCCUGCUGGCUCUGAAGGACAAAAACAAGCAGAAGCAGCAGUCAAGUCAGAAAAACACUCUUCGCAAGAGGAGAGUGGUGAUCGUAGACCCCGACACAGGCAAAGAGAUGUCCGUUCGUGAGGCUUUUCACAGAGAGCUGAUUGACUAUGACACAUUUCUGAAUCUUUCGGAACAAGAGUGCGAGUGGGAGGAGAUCACCAUCACAGAUUCAGCUGGAAAGACUCGACUAGUUAUUGUUGACCGUAAAACAGGUACACAGUAUGAUGUCCAGGACUCCCUGGACAGGGGCGUUAUUCAGAAAAGUGCCUUAGACCAGUACCGCUCAGGAGCUCUCACACUCACCCAGUUUGCUAAUCUCUUUUCAAGCAAAGGCACAGGUGCUGAGCUUUCCAUCUGCACCAGCGUUCCAGACGAUGUUACAACCUGCAGUAGCCCCACUGAAGUUACACCAUCUUCUCCAACAGUCCGCAAACGCUUUGCUAGUGUUUCCAUCACACUCUCCCCUCCCUCUGAUAUACUGGAUGACCAGAGCCCGGUGGCAGCCAUCUUUGACACUGAAACCUUGGAGAAGAUCACAAUAACUGAAGCUCAGCGUCGUGGAAUAGUCGAUGCGAUCACAGCGCAGCGGCUCCUGGAGGCCCAGGCAUGCACUGGAGGUGUCAUAAACCCUGCCACUGGCAAAAGGCUCUCUCUGCAAGAUGCUGUACAUCAGAGCAUCAUUGAUGAGGAUAUGGCCACCAAGCUCAAACCAGCUCAGAAAGCUUACACUGGAUUUGAGGACGUGAAAACCAAAAAGAAAAUGUCCGCUGCAGAGGCCAUUAAAGAGAAAUGGUUGCCCUACGAGGCUGGGCAGAGGUUCCUGGAAUUCCAGUACCUGACUGGAGGACUGCUGGAACCAGGAAGUGGUAAGCGAGUCAGCAUUGAAGAAGCCAUUCGUAGAGGAUGGCUGGAUGGUAAAGGAGCCCAGAAGCUGCAGGACACCAGGAGCUACUUGAAGAGCCUCACCUGCCCUAAAACUAAGCUGAAGAUUUCAUAUAAAGAGGCAAUGGACAACUGCAUGGUGGAAGAGACCAAUGGAAUGAAAAUGCUCCAAGCCACAUCUAUGUCCACCAAGGGUAUCAGUAGCCCCUAUAACAUCUCCUCCGGACACAGUUCCCGCACUGGAUCUAGAGCCGGAUCCCGGGGAAGCUCCAGGAGUGGAUCACGUCGAGGCAGCGUGGAUUACUCCACCUCCACUUACACUUUCACUUCCACUUCCACUUCUAGCACAUUUACUUCCCUUCCUUAACAAUUUCAAACAUGCGUCUAUGGUGGCUUAUACUUUUUCAUACAGAACUACUCAUUUUCCAGAUAUAUAUCAAAAACUAUUAGAAUAAAAUAGGGUUUGGGAAUAUUAUACAUGACUCAUAUGGAUUAUUACUAAUCAGUUUUAAUUGGGUGCCUCUGAUUAUUAUAAGUUGUCAUUUUUAGGUGCUUCUUUUUCUGUCCUGCUUUUUAAAUCAGUAGAUUUUUACAUCAUUUUAUGGUAGUGAUUAUAUAUCGAAAUAUUUACAAAUUGUGUUAUUUUCAUAGUUAUCUGGAACUUGAUUGAACAUUUUUAGAGCAUUAAAAUUGUAAUAAUGCAGAACCUUCUAAAAUUACAGAAAUUAUUAGAGUAAAGAAUUUUAUAAAGUAUAAUUUGAAGAAUGUCAAUACACUUUGUACUAACAAAAGACGACAAAUUAUAAAUAAACUCAGUUUCCACUCA